CACAUGUGUAACAGUGCCUCAUUCUAGUUCCACAUCUCAUUUAUAUCUUCUCUUCCAAUUAUUUUGUCUCAGGUUUUCAAAUUGAAUCUGCAGCUUGAUACCAUUUUGAUUUCAUUGUGUUUUUUGUUUCUUGGAUUUUUUCUUCCCCUCCAAACACAAACUGCAAUUUUUAUGUUGAUUAGAAGUUGUUUAUGAGGACACUGAGACUGGGGCAAUCAACGCUGCUUGUACAAGAUUCUGCAUGUGUGCUUUUGUAAGCAUCAAAAGCCCAUGACUUUACAGCACUAUGUGUGACUCAACAGUGCUGCAUCCUCCUGCCUUAAGGUAGAGUGAUUCGCUUUACAAAUGCUCACACUCUUCUACAUGUUCUUGUUAUUCAGAAAAGUACUUAGAUAAACCAUAUGGAAUUCUGAGUGAACCAUCCUCCUCCUCAGAGGUUAGCAAUAAUAUUGGAGCUUUAGGAUUGUCCGAUAAAAGCAAUGGUGUAUAUAUUGACAGAUUCCAACUUCAACAGGAUGUAGAAAGAUUAGAGCAGCAGCUGCAAGAAGAAAUAGAAAUGCAUGCCAUUCUGGAAAAUGCCAUAGAGAAAAAUGCUUUGGAAUUAUCGAGCUCAUCAUUCUUGCCUUAUCAUGCUCAGGAUCUCUUGUCCAAUAUUGCACUAUUGGAGUCUGCUGUCUCAGAACUUGAACAUGAGUUGAUCUCGUUGCAUUUCCAGCUUAGUCAGGAAAGAAAUGAACGGAGACUUUUAGAAUAUCGUUGGAGACAUUCAUCUUCCCAGUCGCUAUUUAUUUUCUCUGAUAUAAUGAAAGCACCGAAUGCAGUUGACGAAGUUGUGCUUCUCCAUGAGAAAGAAGUGUCCAUGAAAAUGGAUACCGAAUGUUGUCAUCCUGUAGAUGUUCCGAAGCUUAUUAAAGAGGUGCAACCUAAUGGCCUCUGGUAUCAUCCUAAUCAAUUAUCAGAAGAGAUGGUUCGAUGCAUGAAAAAAAUCUUCGUCUCUUUGGCAGAUUCUGCUAUGCCAUCAAAGUCCUCUGCCCUGGGGAACCACUGCUCAUCAUUGUCUCCCAGAGGACAUCUUUUGAAUUUGUCGGUGUGGUCAUCAUCUGAACGCUCAGUAAUUCCAUCAUGGGUGCAGAGUCCACAAUUUGAUUUACAGUGUAACCCUGAGGUGUUGGCAACAGAAAGUACUUGUGAUCCCUAUAGAGUGCGUGGUAAAUUAAGUUGGGCAGAUAUCGGAAGCUAUAGAUUAGCAACUGAGGUUUCUUGGAUGUCAGUUGGAAAGAAUCAACUAGAAUAUGCUGCAGGGGCAUUACGUAGGUUCAGAACACUUGUUGAUCAGCUGGCCAAAGUACAUCCUAUCCACUUGAACUGCAAUGAGAAGUUGGCUUUCUGGAUCAAUGUGUAUAAUGCCCUGAUAAUGCAUGCUUAUCUUGCAUACGGAGUCCCAAGAAGUGACUUAAAGCUCUUUUCGUUGAUGCAAAAGGCUGCGUAUACUGUUGGGGGGCAUUCUUUUAGUGCAGCUGUUAUUGAGUAUGUAAUAUUGAAGAUGAAACCACCAGUGCAUAGACCACAAAUUGCUUUGAUACUUGCCCUGCACAAGCUGAAAGUAUCGGAGGAGCAAAGAAAUUAUUCGGUUGAUAAAUUUGAACCACUUGUAGCUUUUGCUCUCAGCUGCGGAAUGUACUCGUCACCCGCGAUAAGGAUUUACACAGCUGAGAAUGUGAGGGAAGAGCUGCAAGAAGCUCAGGAAGACUUCAUUCGAGCUUCAGUAGGGGUGAGCAGCAAAGGAAAGCUAUUGGUGCCCAAAAUGCUACACUGCUAUGCUAAAGGCUUUGUGGAUGAUGCCAAACUGGCUGUAUGGAUAUCACAAUACCUUCCACCCCAUCAGGCUGCCUUUGUUGAACAAUGCAUGUCGAAGAGGCGGCAAAGCCUCCUUGGUUCUUGCAAUUGUGGUAUUCUUCCCUUCGACUCCCGCUUCCGUUACCUUUUCCUGCCUGAGAAAAUUUCACAAUGACAGUUGGAUGUUGACGGCUUGAGACGCCACCAUUACGACCUAAAUAUCUGAGAAAAUUUCAGAUUAUAGGCUGCAUGUUUCAAGUGAACCAUGUUUUAGCUCAAACAUGAUUAGGAUGAUCUUUUGCCUUGUAGACCAGUUAUAUUCUUGUUGAAUGCUGUAUAUUAGAUUUACAGGCACAAAGGAAUGCAAACAAAAUGGUUACUGAUGAUGAACAUACAUUAUGCAUCAGCCUUAUUGCUUAGGUGGCUUGUCUUUUCAUGAAGAUUUAACCAAUAUUUUAGAAACUGUCCUGAGAACUUCUUCUUCUAUGAGAAAAACUCAAAUAGAAUUUGUUAAUAACAAAGACAUAAUUUCUAUUUUAAA